AUGCUUCAAUUCGCCAUCGCACCGUCGCAGCACUUUGGACGUCCGCACACCAUGUCGAUUCCCACCACCCGACUGCCGCCCAUGCAAUCCAUCCCGCCACCCCCCGCCUCCGUGUCGCUGAGCGACGAAGACAUGCUCGAGAGCGACGAGUGGUCGGACAGCCUUGGCGACGCCAAAACGGGUGACCAACCGCAGCGAAGCCGAAGGCUGCUCUCGCUCGAGCAGAGUAAAGUGCUAUACAAGAUUCUGGAAAAGACGCACUUUCCGUCGACGCAGCUGCGCGAAGCGGCGGCACAAGAGCUCGGUGUUUCCGCGCGGAAAGUGCAGGUUUGGUUCCAGAACCGACGGCAGGUGGGGAAGAAGCGGAUGAUCGAGGCGGUUCAGGCGCGCGCGGUGUAUGGACCAGUGUCGCUCGAGGAGAUGCAUGCGCAGAUGCGCGCCACGGGCAAGGGACGCUUCGGGUGGGAUGGAGAGGAUGAGCGGACAAGAGCGUGGAGGAGACACACGAUCCGAAUCGCACUCAACCCGACGUCCAAGACGAGUCCGAGGGAACAGGCGAGGAGCGCACUGAGGAUCGAUGUUCCCCGUGCAGAGUAUGCUGCACCGACGUAUACGGGACUGGGAAGUGCGACGCAUCUCGACACGCUAUCGAGGGGCAUGGAGAGGUUGACACCUGCGCUGGUUUCAAGUCAGAAGGAAAGCUUCUCGAUCCGGUCGAGAAGCCAGACGCUCAGCACGCACGAGGCGGCAAGAGAGGAUAUCCGACAGGUGAGGGGAAGUCUUACUGCCGAAUGGCACGCCAACCAACGCAGCCUGGCGAGGUCGUACGAGCGCAAUGAUCGAUCCGUUCGGCCGCUUCAUUCGCCUCCACCCCUAUCCCCAUCGCCGAGAUGGAGAGAGUAUGCGCAUCCGUACAGCUACGCCUACGGUCGAAGUCGAAGCUCGUCGGAAGCGUACUAUGCUUUUCCCCCACCUCCACCACCAGUGCAACGCGCCCAAACGCCCACCACGGCCGAUACACUCGUGGCUGAAUCCCAGUGCAAAUUGACCCCGCCCAAGAGGCUCUCGCCCAUGGACGUACGCUCGCUCACCUCGGCCUAG